CCUGGAGAAUGAGUGCAGGGGCUCCUCUGGGAUUGGGAGCUGCUACAGGGCUUAAAUGGGAACGCCACAUGGAGCAGGGAGAGGAGGGGCGAGCGUCACUAGCUUAGCUGCAUCAUCUCUCUCUCCCUCCCUCUCCCUCUUAGCUUAGAGGCUGUUCAUGUUUGAGUCACCUCUGUAAUCUCACACCGGAUUGGUCAGACCGAGGGAUGCAUGCUUGUCGAAAAUAGUGGGUUUGUGUGAAGCAACAGAGGCAGUGUGUGCUUGGACAAGGGGCUUUUUUCCUUUGCUCCCCUGUCUUCCUGGGCAUGGUGUGUGGAUAGCCAUCAUCGUCUGCAGCGUCUGGUCAGCUCAGCACAGCUUCCCUCGUCUAUGGGGCUCAGUGUCCUUGACAGCUCUGGAUACCCAACAAGGCUAACCUGAGAAGAGGUCAUGCAUUCGGGGAGCCAGGAACUGUACAGCCAGUUUAACUCUCAGAGGAACGAUGAGGAGGCUGUGGUGGACCAGGGAGGGGCGAGGUCCAUGCUGAAGACCAACUUUGAGAAGGAGGAGCUUGAAGGCCACCGGACUCUCUACAUCGGCGUGCACGUGCCGCUGGGCCGGAAGACCCACCGGAGGCACAGGCACCACGGCCACCGGCACCGGAGGAGGAGCCGGGAGAGGGACAGCGGGGUGGACGAUGGCCGUGAGUCGCCCUCCUACAACACCCCAUCUCAGAGAGUGCAGUUCCUACUGGGCACAGAGGAUGACGACGAGGAGCACAUCCCCCACGACCUCUUCACACAGCUGGACGAGAUCUGCUGGCGGGAAGGGGAGGACGUCGAGUGGAGAGAGACGGCCAGGUGGCUGAAGUUUGAGGAGGAUGUGGAGGAUGGCGGAGAGAGGUGGAGUAAGCCGUACGUGGCCACUCUCUCGCUGCACAGCCUGUUUGAGCUGCGCUCCUGCAUCCUUAACGGCACCGUGCUGCUGGACAUGAGGGCCACCUCGCUGGACGAGAUCGCAGAAAUGAUCCUGGACCACCAGGAGGCCGCCAUUCCUCUGGGAGACGACAUCCGUCGUAAAGUCCGCGAGGCACUCCUCAAGCAGCACCAUCACCAGAACCAGAAGAAGCUGGCUAACCGCAUCCCCAUUGUGCGCUCCUUCGCAGACAUCGGCAAGAAGCAGUCCGAGGCUCACAACAUGGACAAAAACGGUCAGAUGAUCUCUCCCCAGACACUCCCCAUGGCCCCAGAGGGGAAGAGUGAGGUGAGCCGAGAGAACAGUGCCGUGGACUUCAGCAAGAUAGACCUACAUUUCAUGAAGAAGAUUCCACCGGGGGCCGAGGCCGCCAACAUUCUGGUGGGAGAGCUGGACUUCCUGGAUAAGCCUGUGGUAGCGUUUGUGCGCCUCUCCCCUGCGGUGAUGCUGAAUGGCAUAGCAGAGGUCCCCAUCACGUCCAGAUUCCUUUUCAUUUUAUUGGGGCCUGUGGGAAAAGGCCAGCAGUACCAUGAGAUCGGUCGAUCCAUUGGAGUUUUGAUGACCGAUGAGGUCUUUCAUGACGUGGCGUACAAAGCAAAGGAUCGCAAGGACAUUGUGGAUGGCAUUGAUGAAUUCCUCGACCAAGUAACAGUUCUGCCACCAGGAGAGUGGGAUCCUUCCAUAAGAAUAGAGCCUCCCAAAAAUGUUCCUUCCCAGGAGAAGCGGAGAAUCCCAGGUGUACCCAACGGCACCACCGACAUUGGAGAAGCUGAGGAGCAUGGGGGACACGGUGGCCCAGAAUUGCAACGCACAGGGAGGCUCUUUGGAGGAUUAAUCUUGGACAUCAAGCGCAAGGCACCGUUCUACUUGUCAGACUACACGGACGCCCUGAGUCUGCAGUGCAUGGCGUCCUUCCUCUUCCUGUACUGUGCCUGCAUGUCGCCUGUCAUCACGUUUGGGGGCCUGCUGGGCGAGGCCACUGAGGGCCGCAUAAGUGCAAUUGAAUCGCUGUUUGGAGCCUCAAUGACGGGUAUCGCUUAUUCCCUCUUUGCUGGACAGCCACUCACUAUUCUGGGCAGCACUGGGCCCGUGUUGGUGUUUGAGAAGAUUUUGUUCAAAUUCUGCAAGGAGUACGGCCUAUCCUACCUCUCCUUAAGAUCCUGCAUCGGGUUGUGGACGGCGUUCUUCUGUCUGCUCCUGGUGGCUACUGACGCCAGCUCGCUGGUGUGCUACAUCACACGCUUCACUGAGGAGGCCUUCGCCGCUCUCAUCUGCAUCAUCUUCAUCUACGAGGCCUUGGAGAAGCUCAUCCACCUGGGAGUGCACUACCCCAUCAACAAGAACAACGACCUGGAGAAGCUCACGCAGUACUCAUGCGCCUGUAUCGAGCCUCAGGAUCCAAACAACGCCACCCUGCAGUACUGGGAGGACAACAACAUCACGGCCUCCGAGAUCUACUGGGAGGCCCUAGAAGUCAAGGAGUGCAUUGAGAAGCGCGGUGUGUUUGUAGGGAAGGCCUGUGGCCCUCACGGCCCUUACAUCCCUGAUGUCCUCUUCUGGUCCGUGGUGCUCUUCUUCUCCACUGUCGCCAUGUCUGCUUUCCUCAAGGACUUCAAGACCAGCCGCUACUUCCCCACCAAGGUGAGGUUAAUUAUCAGUGACUUUGCUGUGUUCAUCACCAUUCUCACCAUGGUGUUUGUGGACUAUGCCUUGGGGGUCCCAUCACCCAAGCUGCAAGUCCCCAGUGUGUUCAAGCCAACCAGAGAUGAUCGUGGUUGGUUGAUCAACCCUCUGGGACCCAACCCCUGGUGGACCAUCAUCAUCACCUGCAUCCCUGCCCUUCUAUGCACCAUCCUCAUCUUCAUGGACCAGCAGAUCACUGCCGUCAUCAUCAAUAGGAAGGAACACAAGCUGAAGAAAGGCUGUGGGUACCACCUGGACCUGUUCGUGGUGGGCGUGAUGCUGGGCGUGUGCUCGGUGAUGGGGUUGCCGUGGUUCGUGGCGGCCACCGUGCUCUCCAUCUCCCACGUCAACAGCCUGAAGCUAGAGUCGGAGUCCUCAGCACCCGGCGAGCAGCCCAAGUUCCUGGGCAUCCUCGAGCAGCGCUUCACUGGACUCAUGAUCUUCACCCUGAUGGGCUGCUCCGUCUUCAUGACCUCCGUGCUCAAGUUCAUCCCCAUGCCUGUGCUGUAUGGAGUAUUUCUCUACAUGGGUGCAUCAUCACUGAAAGGAAUACAGUUCUUUGAUCGUCUUCUGCUGUUCGGGAUGCCGGCAAAGCACCAGCCGGACUUCAUCUACCUGCGGCACGUCCCCCUGAGGAAGGUGCACCUGUUCACCAUCAUCCAGCUCACCUGCCUCGUCCUGCUCUGGGUCAUCAAGACCUCCAAGGCCGCCAUCGUCUUCCCCAUGAUGGUGUUGGCACUGGUGUUUAUUCGGAAGCUGCUGGAUUUCAUCUUCACUAAGAGAGAGCUGAGUUGGCUGGACGACCUGAUGCCAGAAAGCAAGAAGAAGAAAUUAGAGGAUGCUGAGCAAGAGGAGGAGCAGAGCAUUCUGGGAGAGGAAGAAGGAGUUGUGCAAGUGCCAUUGGAGGGACAUUACAAAGAUGAUCCUUCCACAGUAAACAUUUCAGAUGCAAUGUCGAAAUCCUCCUUUGGGAAUACGUGGAACUCAGACUCUAAGAAUAAAAGCAGUGAGAAAAGGAGAGAAGCAACGUGACGUGGAGAAGGGCUGCGACGACAAAGAGACGAAUCUCUGACAUUUCCCUCCUUCACUGUGUCUCUCUCUCUCACACACACACACACGCACACUAGUAUGUGGUGCCACUCUUUUACCGCUCCUCUUCGUGUCCGUCCCGUAGAUCCAUUUUCUGUACAGUGCAACAGGGAUCGCACAGAUUUUAGCUGUUAUGUCUGAAAAUAAUUUGUUUGACAAAUUGAAAACAACAGAGACACCGUCAUUAUGAUUUAUUUACUAGUGUUUAUACAUGUAAUUGAGUACCAGCAGCCAAGGAGAUGUGUUGGUGGGGUCUGCUUUGUCUGUGAACCUGGAAUUGAGUGAGAAAGUCUGAAUCACAAGAAGAGACUAUUUUAAAAGCAACCUUUGUUUUCAUUGACAACCUUAUGUAUUUUGUAUGUUUUGUAUUUUUGGAAAACACAUAAAUCUCUCUGUAUUCUUCAAAGUGUUAAUCAAUGUUGAACAAUAGAUGCUGUAGAUUUAAGCAGGAAAAGCAAUUAGUGUUCAAAACGUAUCAUAUACACAACUACUGCCAAAACUAAGGCCAUAUGCAUGGAGCUAUUUACAUUGUCAACAUACUCGCUGUUCAUAGAGAAAAGAGAAAUUAAUAUAUAUUUUAAAGUAUUAAUUAUAAUAUUUUCUCAGUAGAGAUGAGAUAUGAUCUCAGAAGAGAUGCUAAACUCUUGUUUCUUUGUAAUGAGAUAAAUAUUUUACUGAAAAAUGGAUAGAUAUCAUCUGCACUACAUGCCAAUUCAUCUCAUGCACAUUGAAGUGGCUGCUUAUUCCUGUCUUGAUUGUAUAUAUCUUACUGAAGAUCUAUCAAAGAGAUUCAUCACUUAUCACGGCACGCACAUUCGUUGUCCUCAUGCCAAAGUCUAGACUGCUUUCAUGGUGAAAAAUAAAAAUCCUAUCUCUACAUAAGUAUUUAUCAGUGCACCACUAUCAUCAACACACAGAACACGCUUACAUAUCAUGUAGAGUUUUGCGUAGUGAGAAACAAAGCUUCUCAGAGAUGAUUGUACUCUCUGCCUAUUGCCAAGGUUGUGUUGCAGAAAGUUGCAUCUAAUAAAUGAAUGAUUAAUCAAUAAAGGCUAAGGUUGUACUUGAAAUGUCUAGUGAGCGGCAAAUUAAAGUAUAGCCAAAUUUAGAAACAAAUGCAAUAGUACUUUAGAAGGGCAGAUCAAAUUAUUUCUAGAUUAUUUUUGGAUGAGACAGAUUACUUUGCACAAUAAAUAUAAACCUGUAACAUGAUUUUAUUUAUGUUUUAAUAGUAACACUCACAUACCACAUAUUAUGAACAUUGUAAGCUUGUGUUGUAUGUGUUUUAUAGACUGAUUCUUUCUUACUCAUCUCAUAAAAUUGGGCCUGGUGAUUCAUGAUUUGAUGAGAUCCAGGAAGGUAUUCCAUGAAAAGCUGGUAUUGAUGAUACCAAUCAAUGAUACAUUUAUCUUCAGUCACUUGUGUAAUCAUUUUGAUUUGUGUCUGCCAAUAUCUGCGUUUAAAGUCAUUUGUUUUAUCUUUUUUUUUGGUGGGGGGGAUUUAAUGAACUAGAAUCUAUUAAAUGAAAUGUAAAGUUAUUAUUGAUUUAGUCUUAAUGUUACAGUAUUUAUUAAAUGUGUAAAAUGUGGUAUGAAAUAAACUGAUGUAAUUUA